GGCCGCCCAAGUGGCUGUGCGGGCGGAGCUUGCGCAGCCGCCGGACCCCUACGCGCACCGCCCUCCGCCCUUGGCCACCGUGAGCCUCCGCGGACACGCACUUCCUGCGAGGCCUCCGAGCGCACCUUUGCCGAACCGAGCCGAACCCAGCACUUCCAAGUCGUUAGCCAUGGUGGACGAGCUGGUGCUGCUCCUGCACGCGCUCCUGAUGCGGCACCGCGCGCUGAGCAUCGAGAACAGCCAGCUCAUGGAACAGCUGCGGCUGCUGGUGUGCGAGAGGGCCACGCUGCUGCGCCAGGUACGUCCGCCGAGCUGCCCGGUGCCCUUCCCCGAAACGUUUAGCGGCGAGAGCUCCCGGCUCCCUGAGUUUAUCGUGCAGACGGCGUCUUACAUGCUGGUCAACGAGAACCGAUUCUGCAACGACGCCAUGAAGGUGGCAUUCCUAAUCAGCCUGCUUACCGGGGAAGCCGAGGAGUGGGUGGUGCCCUACAUUGAGAUGGAUAGCCCCAUCCUAGGUGAUUACCGGGCCUUCCUGGAUGAGAUGAAACAGUGUUUUGGCUGGGAUGACGACGAAGAAGAUGACGACGACGACGACGACGAAGAAGAUGAUUACUAGGCCGGGAGACCCUCGGGCCCGGGACGGGGAGGGCCCUGCACGCAGCCAUUCUCUCCCCCCCUCCCCUGCCCGGCCCGCUCGGAGCCGCCGAGCUCCCUUUCGUCCCCGGAUCCCCUUCCCUACCCUUACCCUCCGGUUCUCUAUCAUCCCCUGUAGUGCUUGCCUUUGUUCCAGGAGUAGUGCUCCAGUUACCUGCUGCUGGGGCCUCGCUCUGAAGCGCGCCGCCACCCGUUCUGGCCAGCCCCGGCACCCUCCCCUGCUAAUUUGGACUGUGUCCUGAGCCCCUGCUAUAGGGAAGGCCCCUGUUACAAACUGGUCAGACUACGCGCAGCUCUGCCCUGCCGACUGCAAGGCCUCCGUCUGCCCAGAGACCUACGCCGCCACUUCACCACCAUCCACCACAUGCCAGCGACAGACCGCAGCCUUUGAAAAUAAGGACCAACCUAGAAGAUGCCUGAGUUGGCUGCAUCUCCUCCUCGGACAUUAAUUUGGACAGCUCACCAACCCCCAAGGGGCCAGUCUUUCAACCUGGUUAGUUCCCUACCUACUCCCAGAGUCCUCUCCUUCCCCACCAAAUUGCUGCAGGGGCCUAGUGUGCCUGGCAGCCAAAUUGUUGACAUUUCUUUUCUCCUCUGCACCAGUUUUGCACAGCUGUCCUUUUACUUUCAAAACUACAGCAGUCCCAACAGAUGUGUGUAUUUGGACAAACAUACUAAAAACAAACAAAAACAGGCACUCAGCCCAGCUCCUCAGUACCACCUGGAAAAAGCAUUUACGUUCUUUUCAAUAAAUAUCAAGCACUACAAA